AUGAUUAAAGGCUGCAUAAGGGCUGAGUUAAUUUUAACUGCCUGGGAGUCAGCAAGCAUGGAGCCUGCACGAGAACCAGAGGAACUGGGACCUCGGACAGAAAUGAUUGCAGACACAGUUCUUGAGGUUGGAGAGAGACUCUUUCAGGUCAGCCGCAGGGUACUUUCAGUACACAGUCGUUAUUUUGAAGCCAUGUUUUUUGGGGGGGCAAGAGAGAGCUCCGAACACCACAUAGUGAUCAGAGGGAUCGAUGCAGUGCAUUUUCAGGCACUACUUGAGUUCACUCACACAGCCCAAGUGCUUAUAGGUCAAGAAAAUGUGACCAGCUUACUGGAAACAGCAGAUUUCUUUCAGUUUGACAGGGUGAAACUGUUGUGUGUGAAAUUUCUGGAGAGAGAGCUGCAUGUUUCCAACUGUCUGGGCCUGAUGACCUACUCGCAGCAAUUUGCCUUUAUAGACCUGUAUGCGUCUGCUAUGAAUGUGGCUCUCACUCACUGGGGGGAUGUGAUGUGCCAGGAAGAAUUUAAGGCACUACCCAAAGAAAUGCUGAUGCAGCUCCUAAAAAGCGAUGACCUCUUCAUUUCACGAGAAGAUGUGGUUUUUGACAGUAUUAUGAGGUGGAUAAUGGAGGACCCAGCAACGAGAGAGGAAGACUUUCUGGAUUUGGUGGGCGAAGUCAGGGUCAGUUUUCUGAGUUUGUCCUUCCUCGAUAUCUUGGUGAAACGCAGCAAGCGCGCUGGAGAGAUGGAUACCUUUUCCAGACUAGUAAAGAAGUUAGACAGCUGUCCUCCACCCAGCUGGCAAAAGAUGGAACUGUAUCCUGCUGGUCGGAGCUAUGACACCUUGUAUGUCCUGGGAGGAAAGCAUGACAAGGAACAGCAAGAAUUAUUUCUCUUUCAACCUAAAACAGGGACCUGGCAGGCUUGUUCUCCACUGCAGCGCAGGAACCUCACCCAGUAUGCAGUGGCAGCAGUAGGGAGCUUCCUUUUUGUGACAGGAGGAUAUUUCCGGGAUGAGUUUGUGUGGUACAGUGUGGAUUGGGUGCUUGUCUACAAUUGCUUGGACAAUAGCUGGCUGGAAGGGCCUGCCAUGAAGAAGUCUCGCAACAGCCAUUGUGCAGUAGGAGCAGGGCUCUACCUGUAUGUACUUGGAGGGUGCACAGAUGAGGGGAUAAUCCCAGCAGUGGAACGCAUGGCCUUGAUGGAGUCAGAGUGGGAAAGCAUGAGUCCCAUGGCUCAACCUGUGGAGAGAGGAGAUGCAGUCAGUGUGGGAACCAGGAUCUAUGUGGUCUGUGGCCUGGAUGAGAAUGGGCAUGUCUAUGAUGGGGUGCAAAGGCUGAACACAGAGACGGACAGCUGGGAUGUCAUUUCGUUCUCCCCGCUUCCAAGGUAUGACCUCUGCAUCACAUCACUGAAUGGUGCUCUGUACACCAUAGGAGGGGGAGCUUUUCGGUUUGAUGUGGAGACAGAUGAAUGGACCCCGGUGGAAGAGGAAUGCUUGACCCGGAAGUUCUUCAUGGGAUGCAGCACUGUGAACGGACGAAUUUAUCUCCUUGGACAGAGGAAGGGGAACAGUGCCCUCCCGGUUGUUGUCCUCUUUGAUCCCUACACUGAUAUGUGCCAGGUCAUAGAUAACAAACUCCCUUGCCCCCUUCCUAUUCAUGGGUGUGUCUCUGUGCGAAGAUUUGAUACAUGA